AAACUUUACAACUUCUCUCGAAAACCUAGUUGCUCAUCAAUGGCGAAACUCAAGGUUGCUGGUACAUGGGGAGGUCUAAUUGAAGUAGAACUCGAGAAUUGGACUCUACACAUGUUGAGAGACGAAGUCGCUAAGCGAUCAGGACUUGAUCCUGAAUCAAUCAAACUAAUUUUCGCCGGAAAAAUCCUCAAAGACGACGGCGAUGCUACUCUAACACUUGCGCAAUUAGGUAUUAAAGAAAACUCCAAGAUCCUCUCAAGUCGUGGUACUGCUCCCGAAGAAGGCAAGUCUAUCAUGGCUGAAGAAGAAAGGUCUCGUCGUCUCUCUCGUGUCAAAGCUGCAGCAACAGCUUUGUCCAAGAGACAUGCUGAUGGUUCGUUACCGAUCCAAGACUAUAACAUAGAGCUUGAAGAUCAAGGAGGUCAUAAAGUACAGUUUGGAACUGAGACUGAUCAGAGUGCUGUAAUGAUGGGUCUUAUGUUACAUACAAAGGCAAAAAGUUUUAUAGAGAUGGAAAUGUAUUCUGAUGCUGUUGAAGUGCUUGCUAUGGCAGAGGAAUCAUUCUUGCUUUGUGAUCCCAAGAUUCUUGAGCUUGUUGACAACCUCCCUAUGAUGGAAAUAGACAUUGUCUGGUGCUAUUUCUUGCUCCGAGAUGUCAAAUGCCUUUCAGAUGCUGGCGUUCGCCUUGAGAGAGCAAGGAAGGGACUCGAGCGUGCUCAUGGGAAGGAUCUCUCUCGUGUGAGACUCCUUCAAGCAGGGCAAAGUCCAGAGAUGGCACUAUAUUUGAGACUGGAGUUACUAGAAGGUGUUGUGGCAUAUCACACUGGUCAGUAUGAUAAAGCCUUGAAUGCACUGAAGUCUGCCCAUGCGAAAUUCUUGCAGCUACAAAUACCCGAUGAAACACUGUCGCUAGUUAUGGGUAUGGGCUUCCAAGAGAAGGAUGCUAAAAGAGCUUUGCGACUGAACAAUCAGGAUAUUGCAAGUUCUGUCGAUUUUCUUAUCGAAGAGAGGGCAAAAAGAGCCCAAAAGCGGGAGCAGGAUCUCCAGAGACAACAAGAAAUACUUGAGCAGAAAAAGUAUGGAGUGACACCCAUGAAGAAAGCUGUUGAUAUGCAGAUGCUUGAGAGGCUCGUCUCUAUUGGAUAUGCGAGGGAUCUUGCUGCUGAAUCCCUCCGGAGAAAUGAGAACGAUAUUCAGAAGGCCCUUGAUAUACUCACAGACCCAAAAGUUAAUUCGACGAUACAGGCUUACAUUGAAUCGAGGAAAAGAAAACGACAAGAACAACUAGUAGGCAUAUCAGUUGAUGAACUUGUUUCUAUGGGAUUUGAACGAGGAAGAGCAACCUCUGCUUUGGAAGCUGGUGGCAACCGAGAAGAUAUAAUCCAAAGGCUACUAUCUGCAUCAGAAGCAAACCAAGGAACUACCUCUGCUACAAAUGCAACAAGUAGCACAAACAAUGGGGGUGCGGAAAGCAGUGGUUUUGGGGGUCGAGAAAGCACAUCCAAUGAAAUUGAUGGUGGGGCAGAGCAGGACUCUGAGAUGAAAGAUGAAACAACGGAUGACAUUGCAAACCGAGAAGGUACAUCCAGUGAUGUCGGGGAAGAAGAGCGGGACUCUGAGAUAGAAGAUGAAAUAGCAGACGAGAUUGCAAGGGUUGAUGCUUUGUCGGCUUAUGACAUCAAUCUUGACAAGGAAAUUGAAGCUAUAAAUGAGUACCUGGCCAUGCUAGAUGCAUCCCAGGAGUCUGGUUGAAGAGCGGAUCGUACUGGAGAAAAGUUGUAGAUAACGAAUAAUAAUUCAGCCGGGUUAUUGCAUGGCCAAUCUGGGUUGGUAUGCUUGAUACCUUAGUAGGUUUAGUAGGAUUUGCUAUGCAGAAACUGAUUAAUGAGAGUGAUAUUAUCUAGUUACUCCUUGGUUAGGAAUUUUAACAAAUGUUCGGGAUCUUU